AAAAUGGCGCAGGAACCGGAAGUUCCGCCGCAGCCGUUGAGAGCCGCUGGUGCUAGAGCGGUCAUGCGCUCGGUGAGCUACGUCCGCCGGGUGGCUCUCGACUUCGGCGGAAGCCUCUUCCCGCGCGCCGUCUCCCUGGGCGACGCCGACAACGACGCGCUGAACGAACUAGUGGUAGGAGACACCAAUGGAAAACUGUUUGUAUACAAGAAUGAUGAAAGUCAACCUUGGACUGUGCGCUCCUGUCAAGGAAUGCUCACCUGCGUUGGCGUUGGAGACGUCUGCAAUAAGAAGAAGAAUUUGGUUGUCGCGGUGAGUGCCGAAGGUUGGUUUCAUCUCUUUGACCUCACGCCUCCCUCAAAGCACGGGGAUGCGCUGGGUCACCACGAGCUCCUCAACCCAGAUGAUCCAAAGCUGGCAUUUAAGCAGCACAUACCAGCCAACACCAAAGUUAUGCUGAUUGAUGAUAUCGAUGGAGAUGGAAGAAAUGAACUGGUGAUAGGCUACACUGACCGCGUGGUGCGAGCCUUUCGCUGGGAGGACUCGCCCGAGGGUUCCGAUAGUCUCUCUGGACAACUGGUGCUGCUGAAAAAAUGGCUGCUGGAAGGACAGGUGGAUAGCCUCUCUGUGAACUCGGGGGCCGACGGCUCUCCUCAGAUGAUGGUGUCCCAGCCAGGCUGCGGAUAUGCGGUCUUGCUCUGCAACUGGAAGCAAGAGCAGCAGCCUCCCAUAGAGACCGGGAACGGUUCUGCGUCUAGCAGGGAAGGCCCCAUCCGGGAUGUGGUUCAUCAUCAGACAUCAGGUAGAAUUCACAACAAGAAUGUUUCCACUCAUCUGAUUGGAACCAUUGGCAGAGGUUGUUCGAAGGAGCACAAAGGCCUGGGUCUGUUCGCACUCUGCACUUUAGAUGGAACCCUGAAGCUCAUGGAAGGAGCAGACAAGCUGCUGUGGUCUGUACAAGUGGACCAUCAACUUUUUGCUCUGGAAAAACUGGACGUCACGGGAAACGGUUAUGAGGAGGUGAUUGCUUGCGCUUGGGAUGGACAGACGUACAUCAUCGAUCACAACCGGACAGUGGCCAGGUUCCAAGUGGAUGAAAACGUCAGCGCCUUCUGUGCCGGCUUCUAUUCUUGUAAAGGAGACUAUAACAGCCCUUGCCUGGUCUACGUCAGUUUCAACCAGAAGAUCUACAUCUAUUGGGACAUCCAGUUAGAAAGGAUGGAGUCCACCAAUUUGCUGAAGACGCUAGAAAAUAAUUUAGAAUGCGGAGAGCUCCUGCUUCGGCUGGACAUAGCCAAAGAUGACGUUUCGGCUGUCAAAGAUCUGAUUCACAAGACCUUAUACUUUUCCAAGAAAGUAAUUUAAAUAGUCUCUCGGCCACGAAGAAACUUCCAUCUCCAGCACUCUGGGCAUGCUCAUUGGGACUCUGUUCCAGUCCUGCAGGUGCAUCAUCGGGAACGAGCCGCUCACAACGGAAGAUUUAUCAGCCCUGGUGGCACAGUGUGGCAUUGCAGGCUGACUCUGCCCACUGCCAGCAGUUUGAUCCUGAGUGGCUCAAGGUUGGCUCAGCCUUCCCUCCUUCCGAGGUCAGGAA